UUCCGCUUCGCCAUUUUGUAAGUGCUGCGCCGGGUAUUUAUCGCAGGAGUCGUGACUGUUCCGUUUACACUGUUAGGUUAGCUCCCCGCAAGGUUGCUUCCUGCUAUAGUAGGUUCAGCAUUUCAAGCCCGUGGCCUUCGACAGGUUUCGUGAAGUGCGCCUUUUGACUCACCAAAUAAUAUUAAUUUUGUAUAUUUAGUUUAUUUUUUAACGGUCUUGCGUGAGAAAGAAUGGCUGCCGAAGGCCCCGAGUACUCUCCGUUCUUCGCAGUGAUGGGCGCCUCUGCUGCUAUGGUGUUCAGCGCCUUGGGAGCAGCCUAUGGCACAGCCAAGAGUGGUACAGGUAUUGCUGCCAUGUCUGUGAUGAGGCCGGAGCUCAUCAUGAAGUCAAUUAUCCCGGUGGUCAUGGCGGGUAUCAUAGCCAUUUAUGGCUUGGUAGUAGCAGUGCUGAUUGCCAACAACACCAGAGAGAACCAGUCCCUUUACAAGAGUUUCCUCCAGCUUGGUGCUGGGCUGAGCGUGGGCCUGAGCGGGCUGGCAGCAGGCUUUGCGAUUGGCAUUGUUGGCGACGCGGGUGUGAGGGGCACAGCUCAACAGCCGAGGCUUUUCGUGGGCAUGAUCCUCAUCUUGAUUUUUGCUGAGGUCUUGGGUCUCUAUGGGCUCAUUGUUGCUCUCAUCCUCUCCACGCAUUAAAACACCAAACAUCUCAACUAUAAGAUCAGUCCUUAAUGUUGCUGCUGGAGGAGGAAAAAGUGUAAAAAUUAAAGGGGGGCGGUGUGGGGUAUUUCUAGCACGCAAGAUGAAAGUGAUGGCAGCAGGGAGGGUAAAAAAAAAAAAAAAAAAAAAUCAAUUAAAAUGGCUUCAUAAAUAUGGUCUUAUCAACAAUGUGUACAGUCGUCCCAAUUUGAUAGUCAACUUGUAAAUGCGCACUGUAGUGAUUUGUCUGUCUCGUGUGGGUGUGUGUGCGUGUGUUUAAAAACAACUGUAUGAUGAAGAUUCCUUUCCUCCCUCCACUUAUUUCAGGCUUUGAGGCCAGCCUGGGCAGCUUGGCCUCUGGUCUUAGAGAGCUGACCAAAGGGCCACACAGCUUCUUUUUUUUUUUUUUCUUUUCUUUUCUUUUCCCUCACUCCUCCCGUAUCAGCCUGGGAGUUGACACAAUUCCUGCAUUAAUCUUGAGGAUCUAUUUGUAAAGAGAAAUGUGUAUGGACUAAAGAAUUUUUUUCUUUUUUUUUCCCACUGAUUUUAUUUAUAAGAAAUUGUUCUUUGAAUUGUUUAUUGCAACAAAAGUAUCAAUUCCCCAGGAUAUAUACAUAUAAAUAUAUAUAUAUAGACCUAUAAAUAUCUAGAUUUAAUGCACUGUGGGUUAAUUGUGAUAAGUGGUUGGAAUUCCUCUGGAUGUAAUUCUUGGUUUAAUUAAGAUUGCCUUUAGUAUGUUGCUGGUGGAGUGGGAGUUUUGUGUAGCUGUAUUCUAAUCAUUAUGCGAACAUUCUCAAACUUCAGUGUUUUUUCCUGUAGUACUGCUGUUUGCAUUAAAGGUGUGUGUGUGCCCUGUGUUGGGUCUCACAAGUGUAAUUUCCACACUUCAUCUCCUCCAUCUUAUUCACCCCCCCCCUGCAUCCGUGGCUGUACUUCAUCUCUUUCACAUUCCAGCCAUAAAAAUCCUGCAUGGGUUUCAGUGCUCUGUUGCUGUUGGAAUUUUGAACCUGAACAGCAGACUAUAUUCAGAAGUUGUGAUCCAGAUCAAUAAUUAUGUGCAUGUAUUUGCGCACAAAUAAGAUUUUAAAUGAGAGUAGGGAUCAUGUUUGCAGGAUGCAAGAAUCCAGUGAGAUUAGUAUGCAAGUUUGACCUAGUUUCCUGUAAGGACCAAUUUGAGCUGAAGUCUGUUUUCUGAAAAUUGAACUGCUGCUGACACAUUUUACUGAAGCACCAAUCAACAAACCUGUACUACCAUUGGUAAUGAAUUUAUCCUGUGUCGACAUGAAUGUUUUCACAACUGAAUUAAAGAUUCCAACUUA